AUAAGACGCUCGGAGGAGGACGGCCAGCAGACUUUGAACGGUGGACUCCGGCUGAGAUCACCAUCUUGGUCCUCGACUUUGCGUGACAAUUUGCCAUGAAGGUUCAGCUUGCUCCGUUGGACGUCCCCCUUGCUCGGAGGCUGCAGACGGCAUCCGUACUCUUCUGGGUGUUUUGCUUCCUUGGCCUGGCGCCGGGCAGCGCCAUACUUUUCCUUGCCCUCCUUUUCACCCGCUAUUGGCUGAUCAGCGUGUUGUAUGCCUGCUGGUGGUUCUCCGACUGGGAGACGCCGGCUCGUGGCGGUAGGAGGAUCGAUGUCAUCUGCAGGCUGCCCCUAUGGAGACACAUGCGAGACUACUUCCCCAUCCGGCUGAUAAAAACGGCCGAUAUUGACCCCAAGCAGAACUACGUGCUCGGCUUCCACCCGCACGGCAUCAUGGUGGCGGGGGCCUUCACCAGCUUCUCCUCCUGCGCCACGGGAUUCUGGGAGCUAUACCCUGGGCUGAGGCCACAUCUCCUCAUGCUGCCCCUCUGGUUCCGGAUCCCCUUCUUCCGGGACCUACUCCUGUCUGGAGGUCUGAUCUCCUCGCACAAGGACAGUGCGAGGUACUUGCUGCAGCAGCCAGGGGGCGGUAAUGUGCUAGUAAUCGCGGUGGGAGGAGCACCAGAGGCCUUGGAUGCACAUCCUGGUUCCUACACCGUGCAGCUGGCCAAUAAGAAGGGUUUCGUCAAACUGGCAAUGGAGAAUGGGGCUCAUCUGGUGCCUGUCUUCUCCUUUGGGGAGAAUGAGAUUUAUGAUCAGGUGCAGAACAAGAGGGGGACCUGGCUUCGCUCGUUGCAGGAGUGCCUUCAGAGGGUGAUGGGAAUUUCCCUGCCCCUCUUCCACGCCCGUGGAGUCUUCCAGUACAGCUUUGGUGUCAUUCCAUACAGGAGGCCCAUCAACACUGUGGUCGGGAAGCCGAUAAAGGUGGAGAAGAACCUCAGGCCCACCGAUGAGGAGCUGGAAGCCCUGCAUGAGCUCUACACCGAGCAGUUGUAUCAGCUGUUUGAGGACCACAAGGAAAAGUACGGAGUUCCUAAGGAGAAGCACCUCACCAUCAUCUGAGUGGCGCCCACCUCGAGGGGCAGGGUCAGACUCUUACUGCACCGCAGCCCGGCAGGUUUCCCUUCUGAAGGAGGACUUUCUCUGCCCCAGAUCCCCCGUUGUUGUAUCAAUGGCCAAUCAUUUCAAUUUAGGCCAAUCCAGUCCUCAGGGACCCACAGUCGCCCCACGUUUUUGCUCCCUCCCAGCUCCCUGCCAGGCUGUAGAGGGAGCGAAAACUUGGACUGUCUAUUGUCCGGAUUGGGAAAUGCUGAUUUAAACAACACCAGCAUCUUUUAAAUAUUAAGGCUGGAUACCACACGCCAGCUUUACAUUGUUUUGUGUUAAAACCUUUGUCCGUUUUUAUAUGUAUGAAACAUAUCUCAGGAACAAUGACGUACGUGAUUAGCAGUGCAGGCAUAAUGAACAUGACUCUUUGCAUGGCUGAUACAUGUGUGAAAUUUAACGUGGGAUACAAGGACAUUCACAUGGGUUCAAAGAUGUAAAAAGUGACACGAGGGUUAUGUGUGACUCAUGGCCCCAGUUUCUUAACAGAAUCUUUCGGAAGGAGCCAUCUUGGGGACAAGGUCUUGCAAAAUGACAUUAAAGUACUGAAAAA